AUGCUUGCAACUGGGAUACUCGGCAAAGUGGAAAUCAGUGGCGUAGCCAGGAUUUUCUUAAGGGGGGGCCUAACAUUUUUUCCACCAAAUCGACAUAACUUUUUACUUGUUGGAAUUGAUUGUUCAAAAAAAGUGAAUUAUUGUUGUCGGGAAUGUUUUUAUCCAUUAUUUACACCUCGUAAAAAAGAAUGUUCAAUGAGCAACCAACGAUGUCCAUUCAAAAAUGUUAGUGAAUUGGUGAUUAACGAUGUUAAAAAAGAGAUUACAACUACAACAAAAACAUAUCUGAAUUUAAUUCGUGAAUAUCCAACUCAGUCAAAUAAUGAUGAACAAUUAAAAUUUUCAAUUCGUGUACAAUAUGCCACAUUCGACUUACCAGCACUUGCACAAAAUUCUAAUAUUAUUCAAUUCAAUGGUUAUUAUGCAUGCAGUGAUUGUAAAGUUCAAGGUGUUGCUAUUGACCGACAAAUAUUUUAUCCAUAUUCACCUGUACCGUCACCACGAAAAACUGAUCAUGAUUAUUUAACAUUAUCAACACAAAAUUUACCAGCUGCAAGAGCAAUGGGAAUCAAGGGAUGA